CUGCGCUGAUUGUCACACAUUGUUUACUACGGCUUGAAAUGUGACUCACAACACGGGCUAUCUGCUGGAGUACCGCUCUCUGACAACUGAGGGAUUCUUUUGACGCGCACCGUGCGUGUUUUGGUCAUUUGGGGACAGGCUGUGGAGACUACUCUUCUGCCAUGACAGUGGAUUUGUUUGCGCUUUUAUGCGCGCUGGUCAUCACAGCUUCUGCGAUGGAAGAGACCGUGAUGGACACGCGGGUGGCCACAGCUGAACUGGGCUGGACAGCAUAUCCUAACUCCGGGUGGGAGGAGGUGAGUGGCUAUGACGAGAACCUCAACACCAUCAGGACCUAUCAAGUGUGCAACGUUUUUGAGCCCAGUCAAAACAACUGGCUCCUCACCACCUUCAUCGACCGACGUGGCGCACAGCGUAUCUACGUGGAGAUGCGCUUCACCGUGCGGGACUGCAGCUCCAUCCCCAACGUUCCUGGCUCCUGCAAGGAGACAUUCAACCUCUACUACUAUGAGACUGACGCUGUAAUCGCCACCAAGGGCACCGCCUUUUGGAUGGAGGCCCCUUACCUCAAGGUGGACACCAUAGCCGCGGAUGAAAGCUUCUCCCAGGUGGACUUUGGAGGACGCCUGAUGAAGGUCAACACAGAGGUGCGGAGCUUCGGUCCGCUAUCUAAGAAUGGUUUCUACCUGGCCUUCCAAGACUAUGGAGCCUGUAUGUCUCUGCUGUCAGUGAGAGUUUUCUAUAAGAAGUGUCCAAGUGUAGUGCAGAACUUUGCCAUCUUCCCAGAAACUAUGACAGGGGCUGAGAGCACCUCUCUGGUUAUCGCCAGAGGGAUCUGCAUCCCCAAUUCAGAGGAAGUAGAUGUCCCCAUAAAGCUGUAUUGCAACGGAGACGGAGAGUGGAUGGUUCCCAUUGGCAGCUGCACAUGCAAGGCCGGAUUCGAGCCUGACAAUGGCAACGUCUGCCGAGCAUGCCCACCUGGUACCUUCAAGUCAACCCAGGGUCCUGGUCUGUGUCUUCAGUGCCCUCCUAACAGCCGCUCGGCCGCCGAGGCUGCCACCAUCUGUGUCUGCCGCAACGGCUACUACCGUGGUGAUGGCGACCUUCCGGAUGCACCUUGCACCAGUGUGCCAUCUGGUCCUAGGAAUGUUAUCUCCAUUGUGAAUGAGACUUCAGUGAUCCUGGAGUGGCACUCUCCCAGGGAGACGGGCGGCCGCGAUGACGUGGUCUACAACAUCGUGUGCAAGAAGUGCCGAGCUGACCGGCGCUCUUGCUCCCACUGUGAUGACAACGUGGAGUUUGUCCCGCGACAGCUGGGACUCACUGAGACCAGGGUGUUCAUCAGCAACCUGUUGGCUCACACCCUCUAUAGCUUCGAGAUUCAAGCUGUCAACGGAGUCAGCAAUAGGAGCCCAUACCCUGCCCAGCAUGUCUCUAUAGACAUCACCACCAACCAGGCCGCUCCCUCCAUAGUUCCCAUCAUGCACCAGAUCAGCUCCACCAUGAAUAGCUUCACAUUGUCAUGGCCACAACCUGAGCAGCCCAAUGGCAUCAUCCUGGACUACGAGCUACGCUACUAUGAGAAGGACCAUGCAGAGAUUAACUCCACCACGCUGAGGAGCCAAACUAACACUGCACGUGUGGAAGGCCUCAGGCCGGGCACCGUCUACGUGGUACAGGUGCGGGCACGGACCGUGGCUGGCUUUGGCAAAUACAGCAGCAAGAUGUGCUUCCAAACCCUCACAGAUGAUGACUUCAAGUCGGAGUUGAGGGAACAGCUUCCCCUGAUUGCGGGGUCAGCGGCAGCAGGAGUGGUAUUCAUUGUCUCCCUGGUGGCCAUCUCUAUCGUCUGUAGCAGGAAACGGGCAUACACUAAAGAGGCGGUGUACAGUGACAAGUUGCAGCAUUACAGCACAGGAAGAGAACUCUCUUUGCGAGCCGACAUGUCUAACUGCCCCUCCCCACUGGGCUGCCCGACCCACUUCUCAGGCUCUCCGGGGAUGAAGAUCUACAUUGACCCCUUUACCUAUGAAGACCCCAACGAAGCUGUCCGUGAGUUUGCCAAGGAGAUUGACGUCUCAACUGUGAAGAUUGAGGAGGUGAUCGGUGCAGGUGAAUUCGGGGAGGUGUACAAGGGCCGUCUGAAGCUGCCCGGUAAGAGGGAGAUUUACGUAGCCAUUAAGACCCUAAAGGCUGGCUAUGUGGAAAAGCAGAGGAGGGAUUUCUUGUCUGAGGCAUCGAUCAUGGGCCAGUUUGACCACCCUAACAUCAUCCGUCUGGAAGGCGUGGUCACUAAGAGUCGUCCAGUCAUGAUUGUCACAGAGUUUAUGGAGAACGGUGCCCUUGACUCUUUCCUCAGGCAAAACGAUGGUCAGUUCACUGUAAUCCAGUUGGUGGGGAUGAUGCGCGGAAUCUCAGCAGGGAUGAAGUAUCUAUCAGAGAUGAAUUAUGUCCACCGUGACCUGGCUGCACGCAACAUCCUGGUCAACAGCAACUUGGUGUGUAAAGUGUCAGACUUCGGCCUGUCCCGCUAUCUUCAGGAUGACACCUCCGAUCCCAGCUAUACCAGCUCUCUGGGUGGCAAGAUCCCAGUGAGGUGGACAGCACCGGAGGCCAUCGCUUACAGGAAGUUCACCUCUGCCAGUGACGUGUGGAGCUACGGCAUUGUCAUGUGGGAAGUCAUGUCGUUUGGAGAGAGGCCUUACUGGGACAUGUCUAACCAGGAUGUGAUUAAUGCCAUUGAACAAGACUACCGACUGCCACCACCCAUGGACUGCCCCAGUGCCCUGCACCAGUUGAUGCUGGACUGCUGGCAGAAGGACCGCAAUGCACGGCCCCGCUUCACCGACAUAGUCAGCACCCUGGACAAGAUGAUCCGUAACCCCACCAGCCUAAAAGCUGUGGCCAACAUCCCCACAGUGCCUUCCCAGCCACUGUUGGACCGCUCCAUACCCGACUUCAACACUUUCAGCUCGGUAGAGGACUGGCUCACUGCCAUCAAGAUGACCCAGUACAGAGACAACUUCCUCAACUCAGGCUUUACCUCCCUGCAGCUGGUGGCUCAGAUGACCUCAGAGGACCUGCUGAGGAUAGGAGUGACCCUGGCAGGCCAUCAGAAGAAGAUCCUCAGUAACAUCCAGUCUAUGCGGGUACAGAUGAGCCAGUCGCCCACCACUAUGGCAUGACUACAGGGGGCGCUGUGCCAUGGAACGGGCAGCAUUCGCAGGACCAACAACAAUGGCAGCCCUCGAAUGACCCCCGAUCCGUCGGAACGCGCCAGAGUCGAGACUAUCGUUUUGAUCUAAUCCAAUACCAUGACACUAGGAGACCAGGGUCCACACUACUACAUGUUUAAGAGCUAUGAUCAUGCUUCACUCGUUUGAGCAAUUCACGGCAGGAGUUCAGGGUCCAGACUUGAUACUGUCUCACCUCAUAUCCUCACUUGCAAAACAUCACUUAUUGUGGCUAAGGACUGCCAUUAGUUUCAUUGCAUACCAAAAUGACACCAACAAUCAGAUGCCAACACAGGGAAUCUCUCACAAUAUCAGACUUUAUGGUAAAUGAUUGGUGUUGUACACUUUCUGUACAUUAUCUAGACUCGAAGAUGUUAAAUUUGUAAACAGAAAUGUGAGACAUUUAGAAACGACUUGUGGCUAUCAGUUGAUCACCUGUGAUUCAAUCCACGCUGUCCUCCAUGUGUGUAAUGCAGAUGCCUUGAGUCUUGCCAGAACCAAGUCAGAAACACUGAUCCAAUAGAGAAAGCAAUUAGCAGUAGACAUAAUCAGAGGGAGAAGAAUACAGGGAUGUACAGUGGAGUACCAUUUCCAACUUUUUGCAUCACCUUUUGCUUGUUUCAAAGAUUUGAAAAUUGUAUUGUAACUAGACUUGGUGAAAAUUGAGAACUUAGUCACAAGUUUGUCUGAUCAUCUGUUUUGUUUGUUUGUUUUAUCACUAUAGCAGGAACCCCACCCUCUAACUUUAACACUACCUGUGGAGCCCUGGGUGGAAGGCCUUGCCAAAGGACUUCUUAUCCAGCCCCACCCAGAUUCAGAGAAUAGAAAUAUGUUUAUCUCUUGCUAAAUAUGAUUAUAUCUUUCAUAAUAAACCUUCAUAUUGAAGGUGACAUGUAUGAAUAUGUAUGUACAGAACUCUCUCUGCUUGCAUUUUUGGCAACGACAUGUUUGUUGACUGGAUUGUGAUAGACACAUGCAAUGUGUAGAUUCCUAUGGUGCCCCAUUUCCCUUCGGAUGACUAAACAAUGGACACUGUGUUGUUUGUCUCCCCCUAUUCCAGUAGGGGCAAAAGGACAAUCCUGAUCGGACUUUGACCAAGGGGAAAAUGUAUAAAGAAUUGUGUACAAAGAACUCAUAUUGUAGAUCUAUAUGAAAAUUGCUGUAGGAGUUAAAAAUAAUUGACAAAAUAUCCAUUCAUUGGAGAUCAUGUUAAAUGUGGGUGUGCCCAUGCUGUCUCUUGCUGGUGAGCACUUACUUGUACAGAUAUGUUUUUUUUAUUUGUUUUGUUUUGUUUUGUUUUGUUCUUUUUCUUUUCUCUUUCUUUCUGACCUGUUGUUGCAUGUGUUGGGAGUGCUUGGCACCAUCCAGACAAGAUGGAGACUCCACGCUUUGGCUGGCCCAAAUCAAUAUUACGGACUCACAGAUGGACUCACAGACUCACAGAUUACGCACAAUAACUGGCACAUAGGAAAAGAUGAACACACAAAACUUUAUACCUACUCACUUACAUGUACAUGUACAUGCAUACACAUACACACAUACAUUCAAUACCCCAAAAAUUGCUGUGGGACGGUCAGUUGAGAAGAAGACAGUAAGAUGAAAUGGGCCCUUUCCAGGAUAACGGUGAUGACCUCACUGUAUGGUACACAAUGGAUGGCGGAGCUGAUUGCGAGUGUGCAUGUGUCUCUGUUUGUCUUCGCUGUAUGUGUGUAUGAGUGUGUAUGUGUGCGAGCGCGAGUGGGGGCAGACAUGUUUGUAUUUGUCCGAGUAUCUUGUAUGAGCGUAUGAACUGUUUUCCUUUUUUCGUCUCUGUAUAGCUACCACUUGUAAAAUGUGAUGAGUAUGUGUCAAGAGUUUGUAAGCUGUAACUUUCUGAGAACUAUUGUACUAAAAUGCACUCAAUAAACGCCUUGGAAAACAAGUCAAUCACA